GUUUGUUUUUCUUCUUUUUUUUCAAUCUUUUCCUAUUUUACUUUUAUUACUUUCCUUUUUUUAUAAUCCAAAAUGUCGGAAUCAAAAUCAGGCGACCAAAAUCAAUCACAAAAAACAUCGAAUAACUCCAUUAAUAAUAAUAAUAAUCGUGAUAAUAGUGAUAAUAAUAGUAAUAGUAAAACAAGUAAUAAUAAACCAAUCGAGCAGGAACUCGUAUUUAUUCUUGAGAAUGGAACUGAGCCAACCCCAGUAAGAGCAAUUAAAAGGCCUGAACCUCAGCUUCAUUCUCCUGUCCAUGUACCAUUUCCACCAGCUAUAAAUGCGGCCGAUCUAAUUAGAACAAAUAAAAGUGGUGCACUGCUAGCCAGAUGUACGAAUAAGUUUCUAAUUUAUCGUAAUGAAUUUGCCAGAGAAGUUCGUGCACAAGGAUAUAAUCUUUCUAUGAGUGAAGUUUCAUGUUUAGCGGCUCAAGCAUGGAAACAAGAACCUAAUUAUGUUAUUAGGAAAUACGCUGAUAUAGCUCAUGAGGUUAAAUGGUUACAUAAACAAUUGUCAAGGUCGAAUUCACGAAACAGAAGGAGGAAUUCUUCAAAUCAUCUCACUUCUCCUGUUGAGGAUGAUGAACAGACAAUUUACACAACUAGACAAAAAAGAGCUAAUUUAUUAACUCAACAAUUUCCUUCUGAAAUGUAUCAUUAUAAUAAUUUACACUAUCAACAGAAUAUUAUGUCUUCUCCAUUAACUCCAUUAACUCCAUUAACACCUACAAUGUAUUCUCCUACUUUUAUGUAUCAUCCUAGAAUCUCCGAGGUUAUUACAUCGGAUAUUCCUUUAAAUGCAACUACAAUGUUUACCACUUCAUUGAAGGAAGAAAGAUUUUUAAAUAAUUCUGCUAAUUUGGAAAUGAUUUCUUCUUACGAAAUUCCUGCUAAUUAUUGUGAUGAAUCAUUUUCAAUGCCUUCUAGAUGGGUAUAUAGUAAUCAACAACCAUAUUUGCAUAGCUCUUAAAAAAAAAAAAAGUCUGUUAUAAUAUCCAGUAAUUAUUUUAUGAUUAUGUUUAAAAUUUACAAGUUUUUUCU